GUAGUGAAUAUCCAAUAUUGUGUGUAGUGAAUAUCCAAUAUUGUGUGUAGUGAAUAUCCAAUAUUGUGUGUAGUGAAUAUCCAAUAUUAUGUGUAUAGUGUAUAUCCAAUAUUAGGUGUAUCCAGGGUUAUUCACUAUGCCAGAACCUUUUUCCUGUUUUUAUUUCACAGGAAGAAGUUUCAGCUUCAUUAAUUAAACAGUUCUGGACUAAGAGAAUCUAUAGGAGAUGUUGAAUUAAUAUGAGUUUGGGAUUAAUGUUUUGUCUGGUUUAAUUCACAUUUUUUUUGCCUGGUUUAAUUCACACUUCCUUCACCUGUAUCUUCUGCAGAAUGAUGAGUGUUCUGCUGAAAAUUACUUGUGGAAAUACUAUUUGGUGUAGUCAGAAAUGGCUGAGGUAAAAUGUUAUCUGCCUGGUCUGUCCUUGAUGAAUUUAUGCAUCAACAACUUUAGAGCAGGGAUCAAGUGGCAAAUAUCAGUCCUAGAAAGUCUCAGCCUAAAUCAUUGACAGGGAUGGAGAGUUGAGCAAAGUUUGGAAUAAUCCUAAUUUAGUUUUGUGUUGAAAAAACACAAAAAAACAUUGAAAAAAACCAGUGGUGAUACCUGGAAAAGAAGGAAUUGGAGGGAGAUUGGAGAGAUUGAGAGGCUGGAAUGGAAACUGAGGGGAGGUUGAGUUGUUUUGGCUCUGGCAUCUUCUUGGAGCUUUGCAGUUCCUGGUUGUGCUGAGCUCCCUGCGAGGUGGGAGCAGGAGGGAAAGGAGGAGCUGAGGGGGUGGUUUGAUCCCUACCUGGCUGUCCCUGAGCUCUUCCUCACAAAGCAGCACAAGCCAGAGUGGGUGAACAUGGAACAACUUGGAAACAUUUUUUUUUUUUUGGGGGGGUAGUGACUCACUGCAACUUACCCAAAGUGACCUGAUUUAGUUAAAUGAGGCUAAAUAUAACCCAUGUGAAAAGUACUGACAUGUGGGAGGAGACGCCAGAGUUGGCACUCAGCCCCUCAGUUCUGCAGGGAACAUCUUUCACGACUGGUGACUAAUAAUUUUUUACUCUUGCUGCCUUUGGAAAUAACAAUCCCUGCUCCAUUUUUCCCCCCCAUCCCAACCUUGUAGGGAGGGAAAUGCUCUGGGCUUAACCUGCCUUUGUGAAUUGCAGCUCUCUGCUAUGGACAGUGCCAUCACCCUGUGGCAGUUCCUCCUCCAGCUGCUCCAAGAGCCCCAGAACAAGAACAUCAUCUGCUGGACCUCCAACGACGGGGAGUUCAAGCUGCUGCAGGCAGAGGAGGUGGCCAGGCUCUGGGGGAUCCGCAAGAACAAGCCCAGCAUGAACUAUGACAAACUCAGCCGGGCGCUGCGCUACUACUACGUGAAGAAUAUCAUUAAGAAGGUGAAUGGGAAGAAGUUUGUGUACAAAUUCGUGUCCUACCCAGAGAUCCUGAACAUGGAUCCGCUGGUGGUGGGCCGGCUCGAGGGGGACCCCGAGAUGCCCGGCUUUGGGGAGGUCACCAGCACCCCCAAGGAUGUGGAAAACUGUGGCAAGGAGAAAUCCCAGUCCUGUGCUAAAUCCUCCAGCAGGAACGACUACAUCCACUCAGGCCUGUACUCCUCCUUCACCCUCAACUCCCUCAACUCCUCCAGCGUGAAACUCUUCAGGUCCAUCAAGAUCGAGAACCCGGCUGAGAAGCUGACGGAGAAGAAACCUCAGGACCCCACCCCUUCUGUCAUCAAGUUUGUCACCGUGCCCUCCAAAAAGCCACCCUCUGCCCCUCUGGUCUCCACCACUUCAGCGGUGGCCGUCACCUCCACGGCUUCUGCCACCCCCACCGUGUCCUCCUCGCUUCCCCUGGGCUCUGAGGAGACUCUGCAGACCCUGGAGACUCUGGUCCUGCCCAAGCUGAGCGUCCCUGAAGCUCCUCCAGCACCUUUGCCAAACUUGAGCAGCAGCUUCACGGCCACCCCGCCCAUGUCCUCGGUGUCCCCCGGCCUCCAGGUGCCCUCCACGCCCCCCUCGCCGCCCCUGAGCUCCAACCCCGACCUGGACAUUGACACAGACAUCGAAUCUGUGGCUUCCCAGCAGCUGGAGCAGGCCCAGAGCCUCCAGCAGCAAUCCCCAGAGCCCAAAGAGCAGCAGGAUUCAGCUGGGCUGGAGAAGGAAUUUGCCAAUCACCUCUCCAGAUCGAAAAAACCCAAAGGGCUGGAGCUGGCUCCCACUCUGGUCAUCACAGGCAGUGAUCCCAGUCCUCUGGGCAUCCUGAGUCCUUCUCUCCCCACUGCUUCUCUCACUCCAGCACUUUUCUCUCAGACUCCCAUCCUGCUGACUCCCAGCCCUCUGCUCUCCAGCAUCCACUUCUGGAGCACCCUGAGCCCCGUGGCUCCUCUCAGCCCUGCCCGGUUGCAAGGUGCUAACACCCUCUUCCAGUUUCCAUCUGUGCUGAACAGUCAUGGCCCAUUUACCCUGUCUGGACUGGAUGGACCCUCCACCCCUGGCCCCUUUUCCCCGGAUCUGCAGAAGACAUAGCACAUGGAAUUCCUGCUGCAGGAAGGACACAGCAAGGCAGGGAUGGCACAUUUCCCUCCAACCUUUUUUUUUGGAAAACAGAGCAGUUUGUAAUUCCACUGAGAUUCUCAACAGUUGGAGUUGUUGCCAUUCCCAAAUCCAAAAACAACACACAAAAAAAAGCCUUUUUUGUGGAAAAAUUCCCCUUUUUUUGGAAGAACCCAGGUUGGGAAUGUAUAUGCAAACGCCUUAAUAGGAGCUGCAGCUCCAGUUCCUUCUCCUCCUCACUUUGGAAGGAUUUUCCCCAUGUCCAAAAGGAAUUUUGGGUGAUGUUGCAGCACCUGCCCCUGCACUGACUGCAGCAAACAGCACCAGAGGAGGUUUUUUCUCUGGAACUCUUGGGAAAAACCAACCAACCAACAAAACCCCUCUGCUCUUCUGCUUCCUGUGCUCAGCGAGGAGAGCCCUGAAUCCUGAUGGAAGCUGGCAUUCCAGGGAAAGCUUGGGAAUGGGCUGUGUGCUGCAGCUCUGCCCCCAGGCCACCACAACCUCUGCAGCAGCAAAAGCAGCCAGGGCUUCUCUGCUGCCCUUCUCUCCUUUUUUUUUUUUUUUUGUUUUAUUUUAUUUUUUUGCAGGGAGGAUUUUAUUUUUUUUUUUUUUUUUCUUUUUUUCAAGGAUUUAUUCCAAGUUUAUGUCCUGGACAAUUCUGUGGAGCUCCUGGGAGAGAAGAGGUGGGGCUGGAUUUUGGAUGUUUCCCUGCCUUCCUUCCCUUCCCAUCAGCAGUGGGAUGAGCUCCUUUCACUUCUCACAGAGUUUCAAUGCUGGAGUCCAAACAUUUCUUGUGCCACAGCCUGGGAGCUCCCUGCUGGACCAGCAGGAUGGGAGGAUUUUCCCUGCAGGUUUGGAGGAUUUUCCCUGCAGGUUUGGGGGAUUUUCCCUGCAGUUUUGAGGGUUUUCCCCUGGAUUUUUGGGGUUUUUCCCUGGGUUUUUAGGGGAGGUUGCUGCCUGACCAGAGCCCAGCAGGCUGAGUGAGAGCAGCAACAUCCCAGCAUUAGUGUUGCUCUUCUUUCCCCACAGCUCUGGAAAAGCUUCCUGCUUUUCCCCAGGUGGAAAAGCUCCUUUUUUCCCAGCUCUUCUCCCAAGUUUUGCAGUGGAGCUGUUGGUUUUGGGGUUUUUUUUCUGUUUUUUGGAGGGAGCUCUGGCCCCAGAGCAGGCUGAGGGGUUCCAUGGGGUUCAUCCUCUUUUCACCUCCUUGGUGUCCUGGGUUGAUGAUGCAGGAUUGUUUUCCAGAGCCAGUGGAGGUGAGAUGGAAUUUGUAGGUGGAUUUUUUACACCUCAGGAGGCCUUUUAAGAAAACUGAGGGGUGAAAAAAAUGCGAGCUGCUCCUCUCUCAGCCCCUCAGUCUGGGAGUGUUGAGCUGUGGGUUCGUGUCCUUCCAAUUUUGGGGCUUUUGAUGUCAGGCAGCAACUUCUGGCUUUGAGUUGGGGCUGUCAGAGGAUCCUCCCCAUAAAAAAUUCCCAGAAAACAGAUGGAGACAUCUCUUUCCUUCAGCAUCCUCCAGGCUGCCAGCAGCAGAGGAAGAUUUUCCCCUGUCCAGCACGAGGAGCUGACAGAGUUUGCUGUAAAUACUGCACCUAUUCCAUGGAGAAGUGGUGAACUCAAACUUUUCCAGAGGUUUUUGUUGUUUUUUUUCUUUUCCCCUUCUGCCACUUUUGCAGGCUUGGAAUUCUCUUGAAAGCCACAACACCCAGGACUUUUCUUUUCCUGCAGUGAUGUUCCCUUUCUAUAAAACAAAAAACCACUUUUGUGUGACACCUGGGACAGGUGGGUGGGACAGAGUCGCUUUUUUUGGGCAUUCUUCACCUGCCCAGGGGAAAAGUGGGAGAAAAAAAAAUCCCUUUUUCAGGUGGAGAAGCAGGGAGUGAGCUCAUGGAGUGACCUGUCUUCCUGUUGGCUCCUGUCAGAGGCAAAAAAUGCUUCACAUUUAGACAUCAGCAGAUGCAGGAGGAAAUUCCUGCGCCAGCAGCUCUUAAAAAUGUGCAAUAUUGACCUUUCUUUUUGAGUUUUAUUGUUGUUUUUGAAAUGCAAGAAGCGAAGCUGCAGGUGAUGGUGAAGAGCAGGCAUCUGGAAUUUUUUGGUUUUGGGUUUGCAUGUUUGGAGCCUGCUCUGGGAAAUUUCUAGAGCUAUGGAUAAAUAGCAGCACUUUGGUUGGUUCAGGUUGGCCAAUUUUAUGCCUACCAAAUACUUUGGGACUUUUGACAUUUACAGGCUGGGAUUGGAAUUGAAAAUUCAUGAAUGAGCACUAAAAACUUGCAAUUUAAUUGCUUCCCUUCCCCCUUGUUCCCCCCGUGGAGAAAAGCCAAGUUUAGCUGUUGAAAAUUUGUGCACUUAAUUCUUUGUGAGCUUUUAUGGCUUUGGGCAGAGGGUCAAGCCCUCCUCAAAAAAAAAAAAAAGUUAUUUGUGGGCUCCUCCUCUCCUUAAAGCUUCCCAAAAUUGCUGUGCCACAGAGAUCCAGGUUUUCCUGUCUGGAUGGGAAAGUUUCCACCAGGAAAAACAGGAAAAAAAAAAAUGAGUGUGGACAGGAUGAGAAGCUGAGGAAGCAGCUGGAAAAGGGAGAGGAGGUGGGAGAGGAGCAGCUUUUGCUGCUUUUUCUCCUCUGCAGUUUUCAGGUCACUGAAGGGAAUAUUUCCUUUUUCCUUGGGGAGCUGCCAGCUCCUCCUGGCUCACAUUCCUGACAGAGCCUCCCUCCCUCUGUCAGCUGCUGGUUCUUGAGGUCACUUCAGGAGCAGUUUUGUGCAUUUGGUUUGGAUUUAGCCUAGGGCUGCUGGGGUUAGAGUAGAUUCUGGUUUACUUCUGUACCGUGGUGAUUUAAAAAAAACCAAAAAAACCUUAAAAAAAAAAAAAUUAAAAAUGCAGCAUUACAAAGCUUUUUUUCUUAGGUUUCUCCUGUUGCUGGAGUAGCUUUGGUUUUGUGGAAUGCUUGGUCAUUUUUUUGCAGCAGUUUGUUCCUGGCUGGUUUGGGUUACGUGGAAGGUCAAAGAGUUUUGGUGGAACAAAAGAGUUUGGUGGAAGACAAACAAGAACUCAGCAUCCUGGCCAGCUCCUGGAGGUGGGAAUAAACCCCUCACCUUGGUCACACCUUCCAUGGAACCCAGAGAUUCCAAAACCUCCUUGGAUUUAGGGAAUCCUGGAAGCUGAACUCGUGUCUUGCUUCUGGGAAUCUCUUUUAUUUUAUUUUUGGUUUAGUUUUCCAUGGGGAGCUGCUGCUGCUGCCUGGCUCUCUUUGAGAUCCUGGAUUUUCCUGGAGCUCAUGGAAGCAGGAAAAUGUCCCGUGGUUAUGGAGCCCUUGGGGUUCUGUCCUUCCUGGGAGGGUGAUCCUGGUGAGAAGAGGGCCAUGGAGGGAUUCUGGGGCUGAUUUCAGCAGCAGCUUUGGGUUUAGAGCUUUGAUUCAGAGCUGUCUCAGCAGGGGAUGAGGACAGUUCCUGCGCCCAGGGUUGGGCACACUUGGCUCUGUUCUGCAGCAGGUCAGGAGGGAUGAAAUCCUUGGAGUUGGACAAUUCCUUCUUUUUCAUUUGGAGCAUCCCCAGGCUUCAGAGUCCAUGGAAUCUUUGGGAUGAAAUCCUUGGGGUUGGACAAUUCCUUCUUUUUCCCUUGGAGCAUCCCAAGGCUUCAGAAUCCACGGAAUCUUUGGGAUGAAAUCCCUGGGGUUGGACAAUUCCUUCUUUUUCAUUUGGAGCAUCCCAAGGCUUCAGAAUCCAUGGGAUCUUUGGGAUAAAAUCCCUGGAGUUGGACAAUUCCUUUUGUUUCCCUUGGAGCAUCCCCAGGCCUGUGUCCAUGGGAUCUUUGGGAUGAAAUUCCUUGUUUUUCACUUGGAGCAUCCCAAGGCUUCAGAAUCCACGGGAUCUUUGGGAUGAAAUCCCUGGAGUUGGACAAUUCCUUGUUUUUCCCUUGGAGCAUCCCCAGGCCUCAGUGUCCAUGGGAUCUUUGGGAUGGUGGAUGUGAGAGCAGGAGGGCUUUGGUUGGGCUCAUUUCCCCCUCUGAUGCAUUUUCUGGAACAUUCUGGGGUUUGGAUGUUGGCUCUGAGGGCAGUGAAGCUGCUGAGGUGCUUCCCCAGCCCAGGGGGGAUUCCCUGGGGAUUCCCUGGGGAUUCCCUGGGGAUUCCCUGUGGGAUGGGUGGCAGUGAAGGGCCCUGCUCCCCUCCUGGAGCUUCUCCUCCAGCUGAGAUCAGCCCUGCCCCUCUCUUGUGGGUUUAUCCCUUGAUUUACCUUUUUUUGCUCCUGGUUUUUGGCAGUUUUUGAUGUGCUCUGCAGUUGAGCCUCUCCCAUUUUUAAGGCAGAUUCGUUUCCAGUGUCAGCUCUGGAAAUCAGCCUCAGCAGUGGGGCAGGGAAUGGUGUUAAAAUGUUGUUAAAAUCCACAGGAACUUCAAAAUUUUUGAGUUUUGGGUGACUCUUUUGGUUUGUUUCCUUCCUCAGCUCUGUGAGGAAUAGAAUCUGGAUCUGGAAGAGUAGAAAUAGGGGGAAAAAAAAAGAAAAUGAAAAGAAAAGAAGAGACCUCUUGGCCUCUGGGCUGGUGGGGUGGUUUUGUCUUAAAAAUCAGAGUGGGAUAUUGCAGGCAGCCCCCGAGGGACUCCCAGGAAAUUCUUGAAUAUUCACCCAGGAGCUCUCCAGGAUGGUUGGUGAGGCUGGUGCUGCCUCAGGGGUUGAUUUGGAGUUAAUUAAGCAGCAAUUAGGGUUAGCAAUUAGCAGUGUGAGCAAUCAGGGGAGUGGGACAGGCUGGGGCUGGCAGAGGAAGAUUUUGGGGUCAGCAGCAGUUUGUCCCAAAAGUUUUAUGUCCCUUUUCCUUGGGGAAUGUUUCUUCCCCUCUGGUUUUAGAGCUGAGAAGUUGAUUUGGAAUAAUACAGCUGGGAAAGAAAUAAAAAAAGGAGAAAAUUCUAGGGAGACACAGCAGUGCUGGGUGAGAUCAGGGCAGCUGGGAUUCAUCUGGGGGCAAUCCUUCUCCAGCAGGAAUUCUGGGAGGCCAAAAUCCUGGGAAUCAGCACAAAUCCAGCAGCAGCUGCUCCAACCUCCCUGGGCUGGGCAGGUUUUUGGUGUCUUGGAGGGAUUUAAAUCCGUUUAAAUCGAUUUAAAUCAAUUUUUAGCUCUCCCAUCCAGCCCUGGUGCUGUGUGUUCUGUUUAUUCCUGGAUUUUGGGAAGGUGAUUUUGGCAGAUUUUCCAACUUCCCUGGGCUGGGCAGGUUUUUAUUUGUGUGUCUUGAAGAGAUUUAAAUCAAUUUAAAUCAAUUUAAAUGAAUUUAAAUCAGUUUUUAGCCUCUCCAGCACUCCCAUCCAGCUUUGUGCCAGUUCAUCCCUGAUGAUUUUUGGGAAUUCCACUGGGAAUGACUGGGGAGGGCAGAGGUGGCUCUGGACAGAGAGAAAUCCUUGGGAAUGGAACCAAAUCUUCCUCCAGAAGAAUUUUAAUUAAAAACCUGACUGAUUUUAGAGCUGCCCAUUCCUGUCAGGAUUCCCUGACGGGCUCGGAGCAGGGAGGUGAAAUUUUGGGUUUUGGUGUCAGUAAAUCCUGAACUUUCUUCUAAAAUCUUGGAUUUUAUUCCUGUUUUUAUGCCAGGAACAAGCAGGAAUCAGGAGAUUGUGUUCCCUGCAGGUUGUUUUUCUGUUCCUCCCUGGAUAUUCCAACAUUUCCCUGCUGGAACAACAAAAUAUCUGCUCCCUACAAAUUAUUUUGGAACAAAACCACCCUAAAACUGGCAAAAAAAAAAGAUGAAUUUUGUUUCCACCUCCCAAAGAAAGCAGCAGAUUUUGUUUGUGGAGCUCUUCCAGGCACACUCAGAGCUGAAAUUUGUAAUUUAUUUAUUUUUUUUUUUAAGAUUCCUCAUUGUUUAAAUCUGCCUGGAGCACAUGUGGGUGAUGCCUGGUGGGAUGUGUUCCCAAAAAUCCAUAGGAACAUCCCCAUCCUCCCUCUGAGCAGGUCCUGCACUCUGCAGUGCCCACUUUGAAAUAUUUUGCACUCCUUUGGGAGGUGUUUUUGGGGUUUUUUGGGGUUUUUUUUUCUUCUCUUUUAGCCCUCAAAUCAAUCCUGCCCCAGCCUGCACUCGUGAGUUGCCAAAGGUUUAUUUUUGACAUCGUUGGUUGCCACAUCCCCUGGAAAAAAAACCCCAAAAAAACCCAAAAAAAACCCUCAAAAAAAGUGUCUUAAAUAUGUUUUUGAGUAGUUUUGUGUGCAUGGAACAAAAGUUUGGGCUUGAUUUCCAAGAUUUCUCUGUGAGGUUGUGUUGCAGGAGGUUUUCAUCUCAAAGCAGGGGUGGAGCAGGAGAAUCCUGACCUUUGGAAAUCAGGGAUGGGAGUGGAGCCAGGCAGGAGGGGCUGAGUGCAGAGCCCUGAACCAAGAACUGGAACUGCUGCCGUUUAUUUUGAUUAUUUCCCUUUCCUUUAAGGUGAUUUUUUUCAGUGUUUUUUGGAGGGUUCUGAGGCUGUGCAUGGCUCCUGGCGUGGGGAGCUCCCAUUUCCCAACCCCUCUUUGCUCUCAGCUCCUCGGGAUGGCUUUUGGGGCUGGAUUUUGAUUUUUCCCUAGCAUGUCCCAACCCCUCCAAGCUUUGAAACUUCUUCCUAAAAUUGUGUUAACUUUUAUUUCUUGUUGUUCAGUUGUACAGAGUUGGUUUUUUUUUUUUUUUUUUUUCUACAUAAAAUAUCCUUUGGAAACGUUUCAUUCUCUGUGAACAGGGUUGAGAUUUAUUCUUUGUAGCUUUGAGAAAAGACCCUAAAAUUCCCUUUUUCCCACCUGUUUUGUAGCUUGUUGCAGUGUUACCAGAUGGCCUUAUGUACGUCACAGUGCUUUGUGAUGGGUACAGUAGCACAUGGAAUGCUUCUUCCCCUCUGCUUUUAGAGCUGAGAAGUUGAUUUGGAAUAAUAAAGCUGAAAAAAGGGGAAAAAAAAUAUAAAAAAUAAAAAAAAAAUCCCAGGGAAACGCAGUGGUCAUGUCCUCUAAAGGAGAUCAGGGCAGCUGGAAUUUAUCAUCCUUCUCCAGCAGGAAUUCUGGGAGGCCAAAAUCCUGGGAAUCAGCACAAAUCCAGCAGCAGCUGCUCCAGCCUCCCUGGGCUGGGCAGGUUUUGGUGUUUUGGAAGGAUUUAAAUCGAUUUAAAUCAAUUUUUUAGCCACUCCAGCACUCCCAUCCAGCUGUGUGUGUGUCCUGUUCAUUCCUGGAGUGCACAUCUGGAUUGGGAAGGUGAUUUUGGCAGCUGCUCCAGCUUCCCUAGGCUGGGCUGGGCAGUUUUUGGUGUUUUGGAAGGAUUUAAAUCAAUUUAAAUCAAUUUUAGCCCCUCCAGCACCCCCAUCCAGCUGUGUGUGUGUCCUGUUCAGUGCUGGAGUGCACAUCUGGAUUGGGAAGGUGAUUCUAUUCUGGCAGCUGCUCCAGAUUCGCUGGGAUGGGCAGGUUUUUUUGGUGUUUUGGAAGGAUUUAAAUCGAUUUAAAUCAAUUUAAAUCGAUUUAAAUCAGUAUUUUAGCCCCUCCAGCACCCAGCUGUGUGUGUGUCCUGCUCAGUGCUGGAGUGGGAAGGUGAUGUUGGGGUGGUUCCUUGCUGGAAUUUUCAGGCUGAGCUGGGUUCUUGGCAGAUUUUUGGCAGCUGGGAGCAGAUCCCUCCCCCUGGAACUCCAGGCUGGAUUUUCACCUUUCCCAGUUUGACCUGGCUGGGAUUUCCAGAACAAUCCAUGGGGAAAACUCCCCUGAAAGCAGCAGCAGCAGCAGGAGGGGGAACAUUUCCAGUGGCUCUUUCCAGACCAGAGUUGCAUUUUUCAUUUCUCUAUAAAUAUAUAUAAAUAUAUAUAUAUAUAAAUAUAUAUAUUACAAAUUCAAGAGGCAAAGUUUUGUUGUAGUGAGUGUCUGAAACUUCCUACACUGGAGACUUUUCUGGACAAGACAACUGUAAAAGUCACCCCUUGUUCCAGCUAGGUGACCCUGCCUGGGACAGAAUUGCUUCUCAGUUUAACUUUUUAUUUUUAAAUAUUUUAUUAGAGUAUCUUAAUGUGUUUAAAAAAAAAUAAAAUAAAAUAAAAAUGCUGGUAUGUAAUGCAAGUACAUAAAUAGCCAAAGUUUUCAGUAAUUGUUCAGUGUUACUAAAUUUUGCUUUUAUUUAACCUUCUGAGAUAACAUUUAGGAAGACCUUCAGGGUGAAAAUUCAAAGUGUGAGCGACUGGAAUAGGGCAGGGAUGGAGUUGGAGCACAUUUCAGGGUUGAAAGCAAUCAGGAGGAAAAGCUUUUCAGCUGCAAAACUUCCUUUGCACUGUCCUGCCACUUCAAAGUGACAAACGCUGCUCUGGCAGCGGCUCUUUGGGAAUUGUUAUUCAAACAUCACCAAGGUCUUUCCUGAGAAAUCAGGUGACUUUUUUCUAUUGCUUCGAUUUUUGUGCAAAAAAAAACCAACAAAAAAUAAAAAUCAAUGUAUUGCAAUCUUUUUUUAAAAUAAACGGGGUGGGAAUAGUUAAAGAAAACUAUUUUCUGUAAGAACUGACAGAGGGAUUUUGCUUUGUAUAAUGCAAGCUGGCUUUAAAAAAAGCAUUGUAGCAAAUCAUUCAAGUCAAUCAUAUGUUAAUAGUUAUGUGCAACCAGACAUGCAAAACAAUUGUAUUUUUUUAAAUAAAUAUUUUUAACAAAG